CAAAAAAUUCACGUUAUUUGCUUCGGCGUUGUCAAACCGCAGCAACUGUAUUUUAAAAAUUAAGUGCGAAAGUAUAUACGCCGGGUACGAGACCUAAUGGCUAUGCGUACGAGGGCAACAUAUACGCCAUCAGCUACUUCGCGCAGCAGCAGAUCCGCCGGCCUCCUCCAUCACCUACCUCGCUCCAAUCGCAAGCCACCACCGUUUCCGUCUAUCAGUAGCCUCCGCCUCCUCCAUCAGUUUGCCGCCUCAUCCAGCCGCCACCCUCACAUUUCUGAAAAGUUUUAUCCCUCUUCUCACCCUAAGGUUGAGUUUCGAAGCCAUUUUUCUAGCUCCACCACUGCAUAAUCAUCGAGAAACCCAGUAGCUAUGUCGUCUUCGGCAAUUUCUAAGCUCUGUUACCACUCUUCCUUAAGUCUCCGUCCUCAGCUCCAUCCACAAUUCUUUCCGCCUCCUUCUCCUCGGCUUCCUCGCAACAAGGUUUUAAUAUGUAUGAGUAAUGAUGGGCGUGGGGCGGAUUCAUCCAGUGUAGAUGAUAGGGCUACUCUGAGCUAUAAUAGAUCAGAAAACUCUCUUUCAGCUAAAGAAAAAGCUGUAACUGGAAAUACUUUGAGUGAGCGACUACAAGAAACAAAUGAGCUGGUAGGGGAAAAUCACUCCUCUCAACCUAAAAGGGCUGCAAAAAUUCAUGAUUUCUGUUUCGGAAUCCCCUUCGGUGGUUUUGUUCUAUGCGGGGGACUACUUGGUUUUGCUUUCUCUAGAAAUAUUGUUAAUCUAGGUAAUGGUGUUCUAUAUGGAGGUGCUUUGCUUGCUCUGAGCAGUAUUAGCUUGAAGGUGUGGAGGCAAGGAAAAUCAAGCCUGCCAUUUAUACUAGGCCAAGCAGUACUUGCUGGUUCUCUUUUACAGAAGAAUAUGCUGUCUUACUCAUUGACUAAGAAAAUAUUCCCAACUGGCUUUUAUGCUAUCUUAAGUGCUGCAAUGUUGUGCUUUUAUGUAUAUGUGGUUAUUUCUGGGGGCAAUCCACCACCCAAGAAAUCGAAGACAAAUGCUGCUGUUGCCACAUCUUAAGGUCUGUUUUCACAGAUUCAAUAUUGAGAGAAUGUCGAGGUUGUCCAAGAUUGGGUGACCAUAGACCAAAAUAUGAGAAUUGCAGUACGAAGUGUUCUCUUUUUUCUUUGCACGCAAUACAUAAAGUUAAACAUGAUAACAUGAACACAGGAAACUAAUGACUAUUUUUUUAAUCUUCGUGGUCGGACUACCUUGUGCUUCCUUGGUCUCUUUAGACUCUUUACCAUGUAAUAUGUGUGGAGUAAUCACAUUAUUUAUUUGAAGUUUUUCUCUUUGGCUAGUCGGUAUCCAUUGUGGCAUUGGCUAUGAA